UCCAGACGCCCCCCCCCAACCCUUGACCGCACGCAACCUGGUUACCGUGCUUCAACCACACAUUAUCCAUCACCAUCUCCUCUGCGUUCCAAUUCUCACAGCUUUCACCACCACCCCCCCCACCAACGAACAUCCAACAGGAAGGGAAAAAAAAAAAAAAGGCCCGACCCUCGUUCAUCAGUGUUUUACUUGACCUCUGUGGUGUGUUUUCGACAACCACCAAUCUCGUGCAGAUCCUGCGCUACAUAUAGCUUCGCCCACCAGUUUCAUCUAUUAUAUCUACCGCAAUUCGUCCUCCUCCCGUCAUCCUUCCACUCAUAAAUCCGAUUCUUGUGUCUGCAAACCCCAAAGCCUCACCACCAUUUCAUUCUAGCCUUGACCGUCACCAUUUUGUCGAAGCAAAAUAUGGAUCAACAAUUCCCCUCUGGGGGCUCUAGAAACGACCCUUCACAGUCACAGCAUCCGCAACCCAAUGUUUCCUCCAUUAUGACAUCUUCGUGGAUGGGCCAUAUGGAGCCAGCGCGGCGCUGCGGCCCCUUCUCAAAUGUUUCCCAAGGACUCCAUGGCCAUUAUCGCGACAUUCUCACCACCUAUUGGCAGCAGACUAUAAAUCAACUCGAAAAUGAGGAGCAUGAUUAUAAAAUGCACCAGUUACCAUUGGCGAGGAUAAAGAAGGUUAUGAAAGCGGAUCCGGAGGUAAAAAUGAUCUCGGCCGAGGCACCAAUACUAUUUGCAAAGGGUUGCGACAUCUUUAUUACAGAGCUCACAAUGCGCGCUUGGAUACACGCCGAGGAGAAUAAACGCCGAACGCUGCAGCGAUCCGAUAUUGCUUCUGCUCUUGCGAAGAGCGAUAUGUUUGACUUUCUCAUCGAUAUAGUUCCGCGGGAGGAAGCAUCUCAUACCAAGCGGUCUGGCGGUGGUGGAGGCGGCGGUCCAAGCCAUCAGCAGCAACCUCCACAACCUCCCCAACAGCCCCCUCAGCAGCAACAACCCCCCCCUCAACAACCUCCCCAGAUGCCUCCACAGGACUAUCUUGGGCAUCCUGGACAUCCUGGACAUCCUGGGAUGAAUCAGGACCCUGAAAGAUAUCAGCAGCAGAACAUAUACACUGGAGCGGUGCCACCUCAGGGAGGUUACCCACAGCAGAUGUAUUCGGAAGGAAUACCAGUAGAACAGAUGUAUUAUUCCGGCAUUCCUCACCAACAGGUAAGACCAUGUCCUCCUCCUCAUUCUGUCAUUUGUUUCGCAGCUGUCGAGCACGGGACCGUUUAGAUAGCCGAUACCUAAUUGUGUUUGUUUAUUGGCUCAGCAGAUGUAUCAACUGCCCAGCCAGCGUGGUCAUCUACAAGAUCCCCAAGGAGCAGGGGGUAGCAACGAGCAAGGCGAUGUAGGAGAUGCAGAUGCGGAUGGCGAACGGGAUUAUGAGGUGUCCUAGUUCUCUUUGACCUUCUAACCACCCUCAUUUUUUUCUUCUUCCUAUUGCGUUUUUUUCAUCACUUUUUUUUUUUUUUUUUCUUCGCCAUUCGCUUUUUCAAAUUGGUUUGCAGCAUGGGUAGUUUUACACGGUUUACUCCGGGAAUUAUUAUUUCAUUUGUUUUUUUUUUUUAAAAGGGCUUUUUAGUGGAAUCUGGGUGAUUUAUUUGAAUCAUUGGUUGCUUUGCUGCUACUACCACAGGGAAGUUGAGGAGUUUUGACGUCGCUAUGGUUUUCUUUUUUCCCCUUCCUUUUUCUCUUCCCACUUUUGAUUCUCAUGACAUCCAUUUCCUCCGUCUUCCAUUCCAUACCAAUCCUUUCCCUUUUUUAUUAUUCCCUCCUUUUAUUUUUAUCUUCCCAGCCCUUUUUCCUGAGGUUAGAGGAACGUGCACGUGACGGAGCGGCCAGAUACGAUUCACGAGACGAACGAAACGGGACGGGACGGGAUAUCAUUUAUUCCUUGGAAAAAAACGCAUUUGUUUGUUUGUUUCACUGAAACAGACCCUUUUCUUCUAUACAGUACGAGGUCCUUUUUUUUCCGUUCCCCACUUUCUCCUUCCCAAGCAAUUGUAUUAGUCUACGCCCUUUUUGUCUUCUUGACGAACAUUAUCAUACCUAUUUCUUAGUUACAUUUCCUCACUCGUCUCUCCUCCCUCCUCUCCUCCCCUCUCUCCCCACUCGAGUAUUUCUCGUCUCUCCGUUUCUUUUUACAUACAAUUCACUCUACAAAUACCCACCCUCUCCCAUAACCUGUAAUCAUUCUCUCUUACACACCUAUCCAACCUCCAAACAAUGCCACUCAGCCCUCUCCCUCCACCGCCUGUUUCCUCCGUAGCACGAGGAAAUAAUCACCCUCUUCCUGUACCUACCGCUUCUUGUCUCCCACCUAUCCUUAUUCAUCCAUCCACCCAUCCAAACACAUACGUACGCUAUUUUUUUUUUUUUUUUAAUAAAAAAAAAACAGCGUGGAAAUUUAAAUAAAAGAAACUUUGACCCGA